AGAAAAUCAUCACCAGAAUCUUCAGAGCAUCGAGUGUGUUCAAGAGCGAGAGGAAAAUGAAGUCUGCUGCAGUUUUUCUUGUGUUUGCCUGUCUACUUAUUGUUCAUGUACAAGGACAGACCAAGAUCAGCGUAUCGAGGUGUUUGUGUCAGGGUCCUGCAGCUAACACAGUUCGUCUACAACGGAUUGCCAAGAUUGAAGUUUACCCUGCUAGUGCAUCUUGUGAAAAUGUGGAAAUCAUUGUCACUCUGAAGAACGGUGCAGGAAAAAAAUGCUUGAAUCCAAAAUCUGAAUUUACUCAGAAAUACAUCAAGACAGCGUUAGAAAAAAGGAGUGCAGAGUAAAGCGUGCACCGUGUCAUUACUGAACAGAAGUGGAAGAAGAGAGCACAGAGACAGCUUGAUUCAAACAUGUUGUAAAAAGUGUACAUAUGAUAUGUCUGAGGUUUAAUUUAUAAGAGUUACUUGUGUAUAUU